UAAAACACUUAGGACAGAAACUGGCUCCAAAGCGGACGACCAGCCACGACUCCUUCAAGUGCUCCAGGCAGUCAAUGAGGACCUCGCCGCUCGCCGCGCUCUGCGCCUCUCCUCAUCCUCUCCAGCCAUCUCUCCCUCAACUUUUCCACUGAGACUCUGAGGAACUUUGGAUAACCUUCUUUUUUUGCACUCGCAGCUGCCCCUCUCUCUACAAACAUGAGAGGUCGGUCUGUUGUCACUUUCCUCUGGAAUUUAAUUUGUGAAAUGUCUUGCGGAUAGGAGAGAGACCCCACGAAGACAGAGGCGGACAACUGUGGAUUUGAGAGAGUUAAAUGGGACCGAGGGGGGCACCGAGCGGACCCCCCUCUUAAUUAAUGACUUAUUCGUCAUCUGUAAUUGGGAGCAAUUGAACAGUGGGACAUGCAUGAAUCCAAUAUUCCCGUGUUCCCUGGAUGUCUCCACAGUAGUUUUGCUUAAAGAGAGGGGGGUCGUGGCUUAUCAAGAGAGAAAGCUUUAUGUCUUUUUUUGAGACACUUUCAACGCUUUCGGCCGUAAAACUAUUAUUCCUCCCGGCUUUUUUUGUAUUUUGAACAAAAUGAAACUUUGGGCAUCUCCCUGGGUGUUUUGCCUGCUGGUCCUCAUCCUGUGUUUUGGAUCAGAGUGUGGGACAGUCUGGAAACAGGCGAGAUCCAAGAGGGAGUUGGUGCGCAUCCGGGAGGCGAGAGCCACCGUCCCGGGGGCUUGUGCCACUCGGCUGCCCCGGGGCAAGCGCUCCCUGCCCGGCUUGGAGCGACGGGGACUCCGCCAGCACCGGCGCUCCUCGCACGCGGAAGAGAGCUCUCCGGAGCGGGGCCGAGCCGUGUACUUCACCGGGAGAGGGGACCAGCUCCGGCUCAAACCGGGCGUGGAGAUACCCAGAGGAAAUUUCACCCUGGAGAUGUGGAUAAAACCCGAGGGCGGUCAGCGAUCGCCCACCGUCAUCGCAGGCCUAUAUGAUAAGUGCUUCUAUGCAUCCAGUGACAGGGGCUGGCUACUUGGCAUCCGAGCAGUUAGCGAACAUGGGAAUCGAGAUCCUCGCUUCUUCUUCUCCCUCAAAACAGACCGCGCUCACAAGGUGGCCACGAUCCAUUCCAAUGCUCGCUACACGCCCAACCAGUGGGCUCAUGUGGCUGUCACCUACGAUGGCGUAUACAUGAAGCUUUUUGUCAAUGGUGCUCAAGUGGGGGUCAGCCGAGAGCAAUCCGGUGACGUCUUCAGCCACCUCACCAAAAAGUGCAAAGUGCUGAUGAUCGGAGGCAAUGCCUUGAAUCACAACUACAGGGGCGCUGUGGAGCGAGUGGAGCUAUGGAGGCAAGCCCGAAGCCAGAGGCAGAUAAUCAGAGACAUGCAUGCUCACGAAGACCCCCAAGAUCUACCUCAGCUGGUUAUCCGGGAGACAUUUGAACAUCCAGGCCGCAAGUGGCUGACAGUCAAAGAUGGUAGCUUCCCUCAACCAGAGCACAGAGGAGGUGGACGAUUUGGCAUCGGAUUACUAGACACAAGCCUGGAGCCGCCAGCUUGCGGUCAAACAAUAUGUGACAAUGUCGAGGUCAUCAAAAACUACAAUGACCUCUGGAAUUUUCGCAAACCUAAGAAAGUGCGCUAUCGCGUGGUAAACGUUUGGGAUGACUCACGAACAAAGCCGACAGUAUCAGACAACCAGAUUAACCUGCAGCACCAGCAGCUAAACGAAGCCUUCGCCCCCUACAACAUCACAUGGGAGCUCAGCAUUCACAACGUCACUAAUUCCUCCCUUCGUAACCGUUUGAUUCUUGCUGACUGUGACAUCAGCAAAGUCGGGAACGACGCCUGUGACCCUGAGUGCAGCCAUCCACUGACUGGCUACGAUGCUGGGGACUGUGUGUCUGGAUACCGCAGCCGCUGUUCGGAAAGCAAGCAGGGCAACGGUGUUUGUGACCCAGAAUGCAACUGGGAGAACUUCUUCUAUGACCUUGGCGACUGCUGUAACCCCAACGUGACGGAUGUGACCAAAACAUGCUUCAACAGAUCUUCUCCUUACAAGGCGUAUUUGGAUGUGAAAGAGUUAAAGGAGAUUCUGCGUUUGGACGGCUCGACUCACCUGAACGUGUUCUUCGCCAACUCCUCCGACGAAGACCUGGCGGGGGUUGCCACUUGGCCGUGGGACAAAGAGGCGCUCACACAUUUGGGUGGAAUUGUCCUGAACCCAUCUUUCUAUGGAAUGUUUGGACACACGGACACCAUGGUUCACGAGAUCGGUCACAGUCUGGGGCUGUACCACGUGUUCCGAGGCAUUUCCGAGAUAGAGUCUUGUAAUGACGCGUGUUUGGAGACAGAGCCUUCAUUGGAGACCGGAGACCUGUGUGCGGACACCAACCCAACGCCCAAAUACAAAGGCUGUCACGAUCCCGGACCAGGCAAUGAGACCUGUGGUUCUCAGCAUUUCACACACACGCCCUUCAAUAACUAUAUGAGUUAUGCAGAUGACAGCUGCACUGACUCCUUCACUCUGAACCAGGUGGCUCGGAUGCACUGCUACCUGGAUUACAUAUACCAGACCUGGCAAUUGGCCUCCAAACCUCCACCAGUGCCAAUGCCUCCCCAAGUGGUUGAGCAACAUCAUAACUCCAUCACGCUGGAAUGGUUUCCGCCCAUCUCUGGACACUUUUAUGACAGAGAAGUGGGAUCAGUGUGCGAUAAAUGCACAGAGGGGAGAGUUCUGUUGCAGUAUGCCUCCAACUCUUCAUCACCUAGGCCCUGUGCUCCAUCGGGACACUGGUCGCCACUCGAGGCUGAAGGUCCACCAGAUGUGGAGCAAGCAUGCGAGCCAAGCGUACGUACCUGGAGUCCAAACGCUGGCAUUGAACAAGGCAAAGUGGGCAUUUCCGAGUGCCCAAUCCAAGGCUGCAUGCUCCAGCUGGAGUUCCCUUAUCCACUGGUGCCUGACUCCCUAACCGUGUGGGUCACUUUCUUCAGUCCGGACGAAACUGCACUGCCAGCUAUCCAUAACAUACUGCUGCUAACCGUCAGCGGAAACAACAUCUCGCUGGGCCCCAGCAAUGUUUUCUGCGACACCGCGCUGACGAUAAAGCUGGACGUGGAGGAGGAGGUUUAUGGGGUUCAGUUUUUCACCAUGGAGCAACACCUCGAGAUCGAUGCCACUCUCUUGGCAUCCAAAGCAGACUGUGCGAUCUGUCGGCAUUGCCAACCUCUACGCUACCGCCUGCUGCGGCAACCUCCCUUCACUCAUUCUCCUCAUGGUAUCGUUUUCAACGAACCAAUUCGCCGGUAUACAGACAGGGAUGUAGUGCCUCAUGUCGCAUACACCUAUCAAGUCCAAACCCUGUCGACCCGGAGUGAGAGUGAGGUGUCCCCUCCUCUGGUGCACAAACUCGGGGGACCCUUCUGUGGAGAUGGUCGCAUCCAAAGUUCCAAAGGCGAGGAGUGCGAUGACAUGAACACGUUGAACGGCGAUGGCUGCUCCUGCCAGUGCAAGAAGGAGCCCUUCUUCAACUGUAUCGAGGAGCCAAGCAUUUGCUACUACUACGAUGGUGAUGGUGUUUGUGAGGACUUUGAGAGGGAGACAGGUGUGAGGGACUGUGGUCUUUACACUCCCAGUGGCUUCCUGGACCAGUGGGCCUCGGCCGUUGAAGUCUCACAUGAAGAGAAGCCCUAUUGCUCUGGUGAGGUAGCAGCUGGUUACCCCGCUGUCACCAAGACAUGUCAGUCCAAGGUGUUUGAUCUGUCCGAUGGAGUCUCACAGUACGCAUGGUUCCCCUGUCGCGAGGCGCACAAGACAUCCUGGGGAUAUCCUAACUACUGGCUCAAAGCUCAUUUCUCGCAUCCCAUGGUGGCAGCGGCGGUCAUUAUUCACCUGGCUGCUGAUGGGACCGGCUACAUGGACCAGACCCAGUGUAACAUCACUGUCCAGCUGGUGGACACAAAAGAGGGCAUCCACAGUCUAGGUGACUGGCGCCUGAGCUGUCGCACGAAUCCCCUUGUCAUUCCUGUCAGUCACGACCUGUCGGUGGCAUUCUACCACACCAAGGCCAUACUGGUUAUAUUUGCCAACCACCGUGUGGCCAUCUCUGGCGUGGGCCUGCGCUCAUUCCAGUCAUUCGAUCCCAUCACAAUAAGCGGUUGCCAGAGCAACGAGAUCUAUAACCCCACAGGCCAAAGUUGUGUACAUUAUUCGUGUGAGGCCAUCGACUGCCCGGAACCCCUAAUCCGCAAUGCAGAGCUCAAAUGCAGUAGCCCUGGCCAUCACUUCUACAACGGAGACCGCUGCACCAUCUUCUGCAACUCUGGAUAUGUCCUGCAAGUCCACCAGGAUGAUGACAUCAUCAAAAGCCAGUCGGACUCUAUGGUGACCAUCACGUGUGCAAACGGCAAAUGGAACAAACAGGUGUCGUGCGAACCGGUAGACUGUGGCCUGCCUGAUAAGUACCAUGUCCAUCCUGCCAACUUUGACUUCCCGGAGGGCACUACUUAUGGCAAGAAGAGCAACUUCCAGUGUCGUGAGCCUGCGCAGCUUGUAGGCACCAACAACACCCUGACCUGCCUAGAAGACGGUCUGUGGUCAUUCCCGGAGGCCCUCUGUGAGCUCCGUUGUCCGGCGCCCCCUCCAGUACCAAACGCCGUGCUUCAGACCAAGCGCUGCAACGAGACCGGUCUGAAAGUGGGAACCUUCUGCAAGUACAAGUGUAAACCAGGCUACCACGUCACAAACAAACCCAAGAGGCGUGCCUUCAAGCGCCAGUGCACAGAAGAUGGCAGCUGGCUGGAAGGAGCAUGUGAACCAGUGACCUGUGACCCCCCACCUGACAUCUUCCACGGCUCCUAUCACUGCACUGACGGCUUUCGCUUUGACAGCGUCUGCAAACUCAACUGUUCGGAACCUGCCGGUAAUAGUGCUGCUGUGGCCACGGGAGGCUCCGCCCAUACGGUGAGGCUGCUGCACGCUCCAUGCAAGCAGGCCUCCAAUGUGAUCCGCUGCAGGAAGGACGGAAACUGGACAGGGUCAUUCCGCCUGUGCCCACAUAGCAAGGGCCAGUGUUCCUUACCUCAAAACCUCCACUACAGCCUGCAGUACUCGUGCAAACGUGGACACGGAAUAGGUGAAGAGUGCGAGCUGACGUGCAGGGAGAACAACAACGACGUGGUUAUCCUCCCUAGCAACAUGACAGUCGAAAGUGUACUUAAAGAGCACUGGAGGAACCCUCACAAAGUCAAGAGUAUUGUCUGUACCAUGGGACUGAAGUGGUAUCCACACCCAGAGCUGCUGCAUUGCAUCAAAGGAUGUGAGCAGCCUUUCAUGGGUGACAACUACUGCGACUCAGUCAACAACCGAGCCUUCUGUCACUAUGAUGGAGGGGACUGCUGCCAGUCAACCGUCAAGACCAAGAAGGUCAUCCCAUUUCCCAUGUCCUGCGACAUAAAGGAUGAAUGCUCAUGUCGGGAUCCAAACGCUAUAGAGAACAAAAAGGAGGAACAUGUCCAUUCCCUGGGAUGACCAACCUCAGAGGGACCUCUGCUCAGCGUCCCAGGACCUUUGCUCCGACACCACACAGCCAGAGCGGUCAAGGCAGACCACCUCCUCCCUCAUCCUCGUCUCGGCCUCCAGUUUCCUGCACAUGCUGCUUACCGGGCAUACCUCUUCAUCCAUACCCCAAAGUAGCCUCCACAUCACAUGAAGAAAAGAUGAUGGGACUCCAUGGACUUAAUUUCUCUCCAAGCUUCAAGGAAAGCAAGCUCCAUCAUUAGACAUGCAUAUGUAGCCAGAAGAAGAUGAAAAAAAAUGAAAUAAAAUAACUUAAAAAAAAUAUUUUUAUGCGCGCAAACAAAAACAGACAAAAAAUAGAAACAGUAAUGUAGCCGAGCCUUAGGUAGCAUGCCGUUUGUUCACUUUUGUGCUGGCUUAAAUGUCUUACUAGUGACCUAGCUCCACGAUGAAACAAACCAAAGGUACAUGGAAAUGUGCUAGCGCUGGGAAUCGUGUCGUUUCGCAGCUAUGAAGGUCAUCAGGACGAAUUUGUCUUCGAAAGCAGGCACUUUCGCAGGACUGGUCUCUAUCUAUUCCAACUUAGAAACGGUGAACAACGUCAGGGGACACACUUGGCUUGGUGGGGAAUCAUGCAGCCACAUUGUUUUCGUCGAAAGACUGACAUUAAAAUGCACAGAAAGUCUCCUUCAAACUCAUCGCGUCAUCCGAAAGCCAUUUUGUACAAAAUUCUGAAUGCAUAUUUAAACGAGUAAAGCAUGGCUCGUGCUACCAUGUUUGCUGCUACGUGCCAUCACCACAGAGAAUCGGUUUAUACAGCUUUGUCUGCCUUGCUGCUUUCAGAGUAUCCAUCCACAUCUGCAUGUCAGUACAACCUGUAUACCUUUAUACGAAAAAUCUUGACUGAUGCACUUAACUCGAAACACCUGAAAAACCUCAUGAGUUAAUCCCAAACGCUGAAGAAAAGUUGUAUUUUGAUCAUCACGACCGAAAGAAUGUCAUUGUAAAGACCUCACUUUGGGCUUGGUUGAUGUUUUUCCUCAUGCACUUACCUCGAGUCACCACUCCCCUGAACAAUAUCCUCUGCUCCAGACACACACAAUGUAGCCAACGGAAUAUAGCACAUAAUGGAUAGCUGGCUGUGCAUUUCAGAUUGAAGGAUUUCAUGGCUGAAGUUAUGGAAGUCAAGCCCACAUUGUGAGUUAGGGCAACUACUAGGUGUAAUGAUGGAAAAAGAAAGCUCAAAAACUGGUCAGAGCUGACUAGUUCACACUUUUUGUCUCAUAAGCAACACAAAAAUGUAGAUUUAGCCAAUAACUCCGGCAUAAAUAUCAUGGGUUAGCAACCUUUAUUUUCUCAAAUUGACUCUUUCAAAGUUAAAUCGGCGAAUCUCAAGGGAGCUGCUCAUAUACAUUUACACAUUUACCUUCAGUCAUUUGUGAAGUUACACACCUUUUUGUUAAAAACCAAAUUGGCAGUUAAACAUUUUUAAUUCCCCUCAAUAUGUCUUCCUCCUGGCCUGAUGCAUUAGCUAACCACAGUUGGCAUUUUCAGAACUAAAUUUAGCCAGCUGAGUGUGAACUAACCCCAGUGAUACUUUGCAUUUUUCAGAUGUGACAAAUAGCAAGAACAUUCUCAUUGACAAACUUAUGUUUUGGAUUCCACAUUGGUGUCUCCAAAUUACAUUUAAAAAAAAAAAAAAUCAUGCAAAAAAACUACACUCACAUCAGAAAGCAAGCUUCAUUGGUUCGCAAAUUUUUGAUGAUUUAUUAUGGAGUUUGACGUCUCAAAAUGAUAGUAUUUCUGAAAGAAUGAAAUGGACAAAACAAACGGCUAAUGUCUCAAACUUGACAUGAGAUUAAUAUCGUAUACGGAACGUCUUGGCAAGAUAUGACGAUAUGAUUGAACAAAGCAGCAGGAAGCUGGACUUUGUUUUUAAAGCCCAAACAUUGUCGGGUACCUUUGCCGAAGUCGUUGUUGACUCUGGGACGGACCGUAUGCUUCCACAAAACAAGGUUCUCAUAUAGUGUUGUGAGUGCUGCCGAGCCACUGUUCAGCCGCGGCACACAAGGAUGUGGGGGGCAUUUGAGCGAGCUUGAAAGAUGAAGCGUCUUUACAGUUACACUUUUGUCUUGACACACCGAUGAUGGAGGGAGCAUACUUUCCCAUAAGCCAUAUCCAGCAAAGAUAAGAAAAACACGGAUGAGGACUCCAUACUGUAUUCACCACAGGAUCCCUUGCUGUACCUCAUGCCUGUAAUGUUUGCUGCUUCUAUAUUUUUUGGUAUAUUAGUGAAAUAUUUUUGCGUCUCAUAAGCAUGGUGUAUAUAGUAGAACUAUUUAUUGAGAGUGUUAUACUUUUUUUUUUUUUUUUAAGUUAUAUUCAAUGUCCAUGUAAGUUAUUUUUUUACAUUGUUCUUACAAAGUUGUGAGGCAAAUCUUGUUCACCUUGGGAGGCCUGGAUGGCCAUCCCAGGGGACGGUCAAAUGAAGAUGUGUAAAUGAGUGAAUCCUUUACAAACCGGAAUGUAAAAGUCUUCUUUCAGCUACGCGCAGCAAUUCUAAUGUGUAUAGAUGCAUCAGCCAACGGUUUAGUGCAUAUCACAGCAAGCAAAGAUACAGUAUAUGUACACAGCCGUCCACAGACAGGAGGAAAAAACAUAGAUGAAGGAAGUCAUGUUCAACAGGUGAUGGUCUGAAUAUUGAAGGCGCGCAGAAGGAGAGGCAGGGACGGAAGGGCUGCUUUUCCUGGCCCGGAUCACUAUUUGCCCAGGUGUGAGGUGUGUACUCACAUCGGCCCAGUUCGCCCGACGAGUCAGUGUUUCUCCCCCGGGGUGGCAGCCAUCCCUCUCGGGGAGACUGGGCUCAAGACCUUCCCCUCCUCAACACACUGCCUCAUCUCUCACUGUCAGAUUUAACUGUACAGUCAAUCCAGUGUCCAGCUGCUACUGUGGAAAAGAGAGAGAGACGCAGAGAUAGAGAGCGCUUGUGUAGCUUUUCAACGUUGAUAGAAAAGAACGUUACCCUCUUCACCUAAAGCUCUCCGUCUUCAAGGCCAUUCCACUUUUAUUUUAAAAACAUGUCAACAUUAACCAUCGGAGCAAAGCCGGUUCUCAAAAUUUUCGGGUGAAAAUAGAAGUUGAAUGGCCGCAAUGGAUUUUUUUUUUUAUUCCUGAAAUGUGGAGUAUUUUUGCUGAUAUUUUGUGCUCUCUUCAGGCCUCCAAACAAAACAGCCACCUUCUCCAUUGGUUGCUAAAGUUGUUCAUCAACAUCAGUGAAGGCCACUGCCACAUUCAAGUUACUCGUCCACAGCUGACAAAAAAAAAAGCUUCAUUCUAGGGUUUUAUUUGUCAUGUUUUCACAAAGAAAUCAAUACAAAAACUUGUCAUGAGAAGGCAAAAUCAUUUCCGACAGGCUUCGAUUCCUCCCGACAUUUUCCACCAGCUACUUGUGUGUCUGAUUUAACACCUGCUUGUCGACAACCAGGUCAGGUGUCAAGUCUUUGCAAAGAAAUGGGGAGAGUUUUAGACUUAAAAAAAAAAGAAAAAAAACACAAAAAAUCGAGCGAUUGAUAGUUUGAUUGUUGUGGAGAAAAAUACUGAUGUGCCAUCAUGUUGUAAGACAUUUUCUUUGUGUAUUGUAACACAAAAGUACCUCUCACAGACCUCUGGUUCUAGAACGGUCCACUUAUGUCUGUUUCCUCAAUGAAAAGGUGAAAUGUCCUUUUUAUCUAAGUGGGAAGAAGAAAAAAAAAGUGUAUUUACAUAUUACGUGGAUAUCUAGACGUAUUACUGCGAUGUUUCGUACCCAAUUGCUCAACAAAUAUAUUUUAAGAUGUAAAUAGUAAUAUUAUAUGAUGAUUGUAUUUGCAAUUACUAACUGUUUGAGAGUUGCUCUUGGAUUGAUUUUUAUCAUAACUAAUAUACAAAGAGAUAAAUAUAUGUUGUGCAUCGUGUCAAAGUAUCACCUGCAAGACAGAAAAAAACAACAAAAAAAAAAACAAGACAAAACAGAAGAAAACAUUAAAAAAAACCUGUGAUGCUUUGCCACACCACUCGCUGUCGGCUUUUCUUUGUCCUUAAAGUAGAAGCACUGUUGUCAGCAACCAAACAUAUUCAGCCUAUUAAAUGUCACCAAAAGAAAAAAGGGGAUUUUCGUUUUAUAUUCUUGGCUCCAUAAUAUUGGGGAGACCCUUUUUUUUUUCCUGUCACCUUCGCUACUUACAGCUGUGUAUUAAAGUCGCGGCCCCUUCAGGUUCGCAGAGGAUCUCACCAACACUGUAAAAGUAGCCCGUCCCUCCCUGACGGCCUCAUCUCUCUCUUUGGUUGUUUGCACUUUUACAGGCACAUAAACAACAGGUCGGUUAUUUGUGUUUCCAGUUUCUUUCACAGUUGCCAUUAUCUAUAUUUUUGGUGCUCUGGUACAUGGCAAAACAUGUCUGAUGUGUGCUAUAUUUUCAUAAGGAUGAGUCAUAAAGAUGAGUAUUAUGUUCAUUUUUGCUGUCAUUUAUUGUGUAGAAAUAAAAACACUGGUUAAAGUGAACAUAA